UGGGACGACCAUGAAAUGGGAGACAGCGACACUCCGUCCGACGCCUUGGGCGACGAGCUUUGGAGGUGGCGCGCCAAGUGUAUUCCGGUCUGCUCGCAUGUCUCGUCGAGCUGCAGCAUCUGCAUCUGCUUGGCGAUCCCGAGACUCAGCGGCGGACGACGUAACAAUAUCUCCUGCAGCUUCCUGCCUCGACAUCAGUCGCGUGUGCCGUGUGGCGAUUUCGCGGCAUGGGACGGUGCGAGACUUACUUUUGCAUCCGAAUAUGCCGUUGGAAGAAUUGUACGCGUGUCUGCGUGCGAUUUUCCCGCAUGUGAACACUACUCCCAUUGCUCUGAAGAAUGAGUCGAAUACGCUGUUCCCAUUGUCGCUGCUCUCGCGCCAUCCAUCGACAUUCAGUCGUGCGAAGAAGGAUUCAGCGGCACUGUACGUGCCAUUUGAGCUCGUGUGUUUGGGCGACCCGGACGUGUCGUAUACGGAACUCACUCGCCCAGCGCGCGUGGGUUGGCACCACCAUGCCCAAGGAACGAACGAGGAACUGACACAGUUUACGCUGCCCCAACUCAUUCACGAAUUCCGCCGCGCCGCUCCGACCGGCGCGUUGGACCGCAGCUCGUUCCAGAAGGCGCUGCCGUUGCUGGUUCCUACAUCCUCUCCCGACGCGACGACUGUCCAUCUGCUGCUGUCGCGCCUCUUCGACGUGUUUGACAAGGAUCGUACCGAUGUCGUCGACGUAAUCGAGUUCGUAUCGGGCCUUUCUGUGCUCGUCCAGGGCGACCGAGACGAAAAGAUCCAAGCCAUGUUUUCGCUCUACGACAGCUCGGCGCAGGGCUUUAUCAGCCGCGACGACAUGACGACGUACCUCACGUCUGUGUACUUGACCAUCGCGGAGCUCAACCCGGAGGUGUUUGCGACCAACCACGUGGACCCGAUCCAACUCGGCCACGUCACGGCGGCCCAGUGCUUUGAAGACGCCGACCUGAACCACGACGGCCGCCUCAGCUACGCUGAGUUCCAGGUGUGGUACAGCAAGAGUGUCCACCACCACCAGCCGCAUGCGCGCAAACUUAAGCAAGUGCACGUGAAACAAGUCGAUUCGCAACUUCGCCAACCCAUCCAGGUCAAGUGGACGUUAAGCGCUGUGAGAGACAUGACUGGCCUUGGCGACUACGCCGUGGACGAAAUGCUCGGUUGGUUUCCGCACGACAACGCGCUGACUGAAGCGGAUUUCCUCGCCACGAUGAAGCGUAUCUUGCAGCGCCAGCGCAAACCUGUCACACAGUCCACGAUUGCCCUCUUACACACGCUCUUCAACCUCUUUGACUCGGACCACAAUGGUGUGCUCAAUGCUUUGGAAUUGAAAACCGGGCUCUCGGUCCUCUGCCACCCCGAUCCGUAUGGAGGCAGCGUGCGCGCUGCGUUCGAUUUGAUGGACUCGAACGGCGACGGCCGCAUCACGCUGGAAGAAAUGACGUUGUACCUUCGAUCGGUAUUUCGUGUGUUGCACGGAGUGACGAAUGCCCACGUGCCAGUCCCGCCGGACGUUCUCGCAACGCUGACGGCACAGGAAAUGUUCCAAAGAGCAGACUUGAAUCACGACGGCAAGAUUUCGUUCGAUGAGUUUCACGCGUGGUUCACGGCGGCACCGACCACUGCGCUACCGACCCCCCCGCCCUUGUUUCCGAGUCAGGUGCAUGGUCAACACCACCACCAGCAGACAGGAACGAUCCCGGGUGGCGUCGCGCUGACGCCGCCAACCAGCGUCACGCUUGAACGGGUGGGAGCGCUAACGAAUUUGAGCUGGCGCCAUCCCCUUGACGUGUUUGAGGUCGUCGCGCUGUACGUGAAUGCCGAUGGUGUCUUAACCAAGCAUGCAUUCGACCAAGCCUUUCUCCACCUCAUGCAAGGCUCGACGACGUCUGCGGCCCAAGCUCGCAUGGUAGUGGAUCGGUUGUUCCUUGCUUUUGACGGCGACGGUGACGGCGUUGUCGACUAUUGCGAACUCAGCUCUGGACUGUCCUUGCUUUGUGCGGGGUCGCAGCAAGAAAAAAUCGAGGCCGCCUUUACCCUGUACGACGUGAACAAGGAUCAGUUCAUCUCCAAGUCGGAGCUCGUGAGCUACCUUACAGCGGUGUUUCGAGUGAUUUACGCGUUCGGACCGCCGCCGAUUCCUGGCGUAUCCCCCGUGGAGCUGGCCGAGUCGACGGCCGCCGAUGCGUUUUCCCAGUACGACUCUAACCACGACGGUCAGCUUAGCCUGGACGAGUUCACGGCGUGGUAUUCCGCCCCCACACCUUCCGCCCCGCCCGUGCCACAGCAUCCGCCUGCCUCUGGCCUUGCCAAGCCAAGUCAUGCUUCGAGUCGAGGGCCACAUACGGCGCCGUCAUCGUACGACUUGGAGUUUUUGCGCCGUGCCCGGCAAGUGACUCAUUUGGGCCAAUACGCUGUGGCGGACAUUUUCUCGUUUUUUCAAGCGAGUGCGACCAAUGAUCAACUGUCCAAAGCCCAGUUUUUCCGGUGCUUUAACAAGUUGCUGAGUAAGUCGUCGAGCAACGGCGCAUCCCAAGUGACAGCAUCGCCCCAACUGCUAAAGGCCACUCUGGAGCAAUUGUUUGUGCUGUUUGACACCGAUGGCAACGGGGUUGUCGACACGAAGGAGCUGGCAGCCGGCUUGAGUUUGCUAUGUGGGGGCUCUCACCAAGACAAAGUUCAAGCAGCGUUUUCGCUGUACGACAAGAAUGGCGACGGGUUCAUUUCCCGGGAAGAAAUGACCGAGUACUUGACUGCAGUCUUCAAGGUGCUUCUACAAACGUCUCCGGCGCUCCACGCCCAACUCGGCCACGUCUCGGCGGAUCACUUGGCCCAAGCCACGACUGGCCAAGCAUUUGCGACGUGCGACUUGAAUCACGACAAUAAACUCAGCAUCGACGAGUUCACUGCAUGGUACCAGGCACCGCAACCAGGCGCAGUCCGCAAUCAACGCCGCCUUCCCACGGCAGCGCCUCGCACGACGUCGUCGUCGCCACUCUCACCCGCGCACGCUCGGGCGUUGUUGGGACUGGGUCACUUGACAGCUGACACGCUGGUUGAUUUGUUUCACGACCGGUUGACGGCCCACGUCGUGUCGGAGAAGGCAUUUGUUGCGUGCUUUUCCAAGCUCAUGCAAAGUGAGAACGAUUCCGAAAAGGCUGUCGUCCACGGCCUCGUCAACGAGCUCUACCAGUCGUUCCACAAGGCGUUUCGGUCACUCACGCCGGGGCUGUGCUACCAGGACGUCGCGUGCGGGCUGUCGGUGUUGGCACAGGACGAAUCUGCUGACGCUAAAGUCCGCGCGACUUUCCGCCUCAUGGACCAAAACGGGGACAUGGCGCUGUCGAAAGACGAACUUGUGCGGUACUUUACCGCCGUAUUUGCCGUCAUGUACGUGCUCAACCCGCCGGCGGAUGCGGCUCACGUUUCAGCCCACGAGUUGGCCGCCAUCACAGCCGACCACACGAUGGAGCAAGCCGACACGAAUGCCGAUAAUUCCAUCAGUUUUGCCGAAUUUCAAAGAUGGUACACGCAAGGAGUGCGAUCGGAAGGUCCCGCCCCGUUGCCGUCGCUGCGGGAGAUCCGGCACAUUACGGCAUUGGGAUAUUUGGAGGUGGACGAAGCGUUUGAGCGCCUGGCCGACUGCGCCGACGACGACAUGGCAUCGUCGGAAGGAGGGAGUGUGUCCUUGGAGGCCUUUGUUGUGUGUCUGACAAACUUGGCCCACGAAUUCCACGGCCACGUUCCACUCGCGCUUCCCAGUGUUGCGACGGGUCUCUAUCGCGCGUUUGUAAAGGACGCCACCGGCGACCGCGUCGAGUUUGCCGAGCUCGCGGCCGGUCUCAGCGUUCUGUGCAAAGGUUCCCGCGAUGCCAAAGUGCAGGCGGCGUUUUCGUUGUACGACUACAACAGCGAUGGGUACAUUUCGAUCGACGAAAUGACACGGUACUUGACAGCGGUCUUCCGCGUGCUGUACGUGGUGCAGCCAACGAUGGCCAGCAAAACGGGCGUGUCGGCGGCCGACCUCGGCCUUCUCACCGCCGAACAAGCGUUUCUCGAGGCCGACGUGAACCGCGACAACCGAUUGAGCUUGAACGAGUUCGCCGUGUGGUAUGCCAAGCACAAGACCCCCGACGACAGCCUCGUAGAACCGUUGAGUCGCCACCAAAAGCCACUGCGAUCCACUGAGCAUGGAUGGAACGUCGACGCAAUUCGACGGCACACCAAGCUCAUGUUCCAUCGAGCAGAAGACGUGUUUGAACUGUUUGCGGAGGCCGCCAAUGACGACGGCCACUUGGACCAAGCCCACUUUGACAAGUGCUUUCUCCACUUGAUGGAAGGCGACUCAACGCCCACCACGAUUGCGUUUCUUCGCCGGUUGUUCGACCUCUUCGACUCGAACCAAGACGGGUGGGUCGACUUUUCGGAGCUCUCGGCAGGCUUGUCCAUCCUCGGCGGUGGGCGCGAGGACAAAGUCCGCGCCGCGUUUGCCUUGUACGACUACAACCAAGAUGGCGUGAUUUCGCUCGACGAAAUGGUUCGAUAUUUGACAGCGGUGUUCAAGGUGCUGUUCGCCACGAAUCCAUCUUUGCAACCACAAAUGCAAGUCACGCCGGAAGAAUUGGCCCAAGUGACUGCAGAGCAAGCGUUUUUGGAGUGCGACAUCAACCAAGACGGCAAGCUAACGCUAGACGAGUUUCAAGCAUGGUACACGCAAUCCAAGAAACAAACAAACACGGCGCUGGCAAUUCCCCUUCCGUCGCUGGCCCAAGUUCGCCACUUCACCGAUUUGAGCUCGUGUGCUCCGGCUGACGUCGUGGAGCGCUUCCGAACGUUUGCCGUCGAUGGGCAAUUGACCCGAGAAGCGUUUACACAAGGCCUCCACAGCUUUGCCAAACCAAGCGCGACUGGGUCAAGUACUGUCGAUGCCGUCGCGAGUCGGCUCUUUGACUUGUUCGACACGAAUGGCAAUGGCGUCGUGGAUUACACGGAGCUUGGAGCGGGACUGUGCGUUUUGUGCGGAGGGUCGCAAGAAGAGAAAAUCCGCGCAGCCUUUGCCCUCUACGACCUCAACCACGACGACACGAUCUCGCGCACCGAAAUGGCGCUGUACUUGUCGUCCGUUUACAAGGUGCUGCUCGAAGCGAACCCAGAGACCAAGCGUCAGAUACAAGGAGCUGGAGUGACACCUGACGAGUUGGGAGCCAUCACGGCCGACCAAGCGUUUGCCGAAGCCGACAAAGACCACGACGGCGUCCUCACGUUCAACGAAUUCCGAAGGUGGUACCUCACACCGAGUGCGACGCACAUCAACUCGAUUCAAAUCCCCAAGUGGGUCAGCUUGCAAGCGGUCAAGGAGCUCACGCAGCUGCACAAGUUUGCACCGAGCCAAGUGUUUGCUCACUUAGCCGACCACAUGACGGACCCCCGAGGUUUGGACCGGCCUACUUUUGAACGGGCCGUGGCAUCGCUCGUCCCCGCUACAAUUAAGUCAACGCCAGAGGAGAAAGAUCGCCUGCGCUUGGUGCUCGACCGCCUCUUUACCGUCUUUGACACGAACGACAACGGAUUUGUCAACUUUCAAGAACUCGCCAGCGGACUCAGCAUCCUAUGCGGCGGGUCCCGUGCCGACAAAGUCCAGGCUGCAUUUGACUUGUACGACACGAACAAGGACGGCGUUCUUUCGCUCGACGAAAUGAUCGCCUACCUGACGUCCGUCUUCAAGAUCGUGUGCGAAACCAACACAGCCUUGUACCCAUCGGACGCGACGCCACUCGACCUGGCCGAGAUCACGGCCGAGCAAUGCUUUGCCCAGGCCAAGUUGAACCACGACGGAAAGCUGACGUUGGCCGAAUUUGAAAAAUGGUACACACAGGAACAUGACGGCGACGAGCUCUUGACGAAAGAUGCCAUGUUGACCAACGGAACGUCCCCUUUGACGGACGCCACGACCUCGGCGUCGGGCAUGGAGCGCAUUCGGAACUUGCUCAAACUGAAUCAGUACGAAGUCGGCGACAUCUUUGAGAUCUUUGCCGAAGCCGCGCCGAACGGAGAGCUCGGGUUUGCUGCAUUUAAGCAAUGCUUUGAGCACAUGGUCGAGUUGGCAGGCGGCUACGACUCACCGGAAGCCAAGCAGGAGGCCGCCGUCGUCAUUCGCCGCCUCUUUUGUGUGUUCGACUCGGAUCAAAACAACACGGUCGACUUUGGAGAACUCGCAAGUGGGCUCAGCGUGCUAUCGGGAUCGUCCAUGGAGGACAAAGUGUUGGCUGCAUUCCGGCUCUACGACAUCAACGGCGACGGGUACAUUUCGCUGGACGAAAUGAUUAGCUACAUGACGUCGAUUUUCCGCGUGAUGUACGAGACUUCGGACAAAGCGAAGGGCCAAAUGAGUGUGUCGCCGCAGGAACUCGCCAAGGUGACUGCGAUGCAAUGUUUCAAGGACGCCGACCGCAACCACGAUAUGCGGCUCAGCUUUGACGAGUUCAAGCAGUGGUGCACGUCGACCAUGUGA